CAGUUUACUGAGGCACGCAGCAGGAUGCUUGGUGGAGGGGUGGAGCGUAGCAGGGCUGGGGCUGUCUGACCUGAACCAGGCAAAUAAUGAUGAUAGAAAGCAGAUUUGGGUCUACUGUGAUUAGCUAGAUUCUGAUCUGCCAUAUCUUAAUUUUGUUGCCUCUGGCUGGGGAUGGCUAUGGGAGGAAGGACUAGGUUGGCAGGGAUAUCUUUUUGCUUUGAGGAGUCCCCGCUGGAAAGGUCUAUGUGAACUAACACAGUGUGCCUGUUCCAACACAAAGCAUUGUUGGGAUGGUCUGCAGCAAUUGAAAUACAACUUUAAGAGAGAGUGUGUUACAAUGCAAAAUUCUUCAUCCAAGUCAACACCAGAUCCUUGCCUAAAUAUGAAGGGCUCUUUUUUCUCCAGAUGCCUUUUCUCAACUGUGUUUUUACUAUUUGUGUUGCCCUCUUUGGGACUAAAAAGACUCCACUUGGGAAGCUGUGUCCUCUCCAUGAACUUUCAGGAAAUAAGGAAUGAAUUUUUGGAGAUUAAAGGCUAUGUGCAAGCUGAAGAUGAAAAUUUGGACAACAGAAUCUUGAAGAGCUCAGAGGCUUUGCAAGACAUAAAGCCCACAGAGAGGUGUUGCUUUUUCCACCACUUAUUGAGGUUCUACUUAGACAGAGUGUUCAAAAACUACCAGACAUCCAAUUACCACAUUCGCCGGAAGGUCAGCAGCAUCGCCAACUCCUUUCUUGGAAUCAAGAGGGAGCUUCGACUCUGUCAUGACCACUUGAUGUGCCACUGUGGGGAGGAAGCAAAGGAGAAAUACACCCACAUUCUGAGUCACUUUGAGGAGCUAGAUGGUCAGAAGGCUGUGGUCAAGGCCCUGGGAGAGCUGGACAUCCUCCUGAGAUGGAUGGAAAGAACUAAAUAAGAAGAAAAAAAGGCCACCUUUGUGUUGAUCCCUCUGUGGGAGUUCAACCCUCAAUAACACUCACUAAGCUAGUUCAGAACGGCUCUUUCCUUCAUCAUGUAAUAACCUGAUUAUUUAUUCCAUCCAUGGUUUGUGAUCACGGAGCAGUCCUAUGCUCCACGUCCCUACAGCUGAGUUUGAUAGGAUGGUUUUGUUGCCCCCUUUUCUUUAAUGGCAUGUAUUUAUUAAUAUUGUAUAUUUAUUGUUUCUUUUUUAACUUUUUAAUGUGUUAUUUAUUUUUUAUUUUGAUAAUGUUAAGCCUCUCCUUAUUUAUGUCUGUCAAUUGAAACUUUUUGUGCCUGUCAUUAAUGCCUCUUGAAUUUUCCUUUACCUGAAGGUCUUUUGAGUCUAGAAAAAUAUAUGUGACUAUUGAACAGUCAGGUCACCUUAUCUUUCUAAAUAUCAGUUUCUUCAUCCGUGAAAUUAGGGCUUGGACUAGUUGAUAGGGUACUGGACUUAGAGUCAGGAAGGCCUGGGUUCCAAUCCUGCCUUAGCUUCUUGGAAGUGACCCCAAGCAAGUAACCCAAAGGCUUCUGGUAAUUUCUCUAGGCCUCAGUUUACUCAUCUGUAAAGUGGGAGGAUUUGGCUUGAUGGCCUACAAGUUACCUUCCAGCUCUAAACCUAUGAUGCUAUGACUCUCUGGUCUUUAAGUUUUCCUUAUCUGUGAAAUGCUUACAGUGCCUACCUCACAGGAUUCUUUUGAGGAUUGUAUGAGCUAAGAUACAAGGCUCAAUUGUUAUCUCCUUAAAAAAGAACUUUCCUGAUUUCCUCAGUUGUUUUCACCUUCACCUCCCUCCCAUAUGUACUUAUUUAUAUCCUGUAUUUAUUUAUCUGUGAAGACGUUGUAAUACUCCAAUACAAUGUAAGCUCCACAAGGGUAAGAUUCAUUCCUCUUUUGUAUUUGUAUCCCUAGAGCCUAGCACAGUG